UCGCGCUCGCUCCCUCGAUCCGCGUGAAACAAAGUAUAGUGUCCGCGAGCCCGCAGGAAGCGAAAAUAGAGAAAGGGGAGAAUGGGGAGGAUGAAUCCACAACAACAGGAGGAAUAAUAACCCAGUGAGAAAUAAAUUAGACUGGAAACGGAGAAACUCCCCGGGGGAAAAAAACUUUUCGGUGGGGAAACUGUUCACGACCACAUUUUAAAACAUGGAUACACUUUUCUCCGUAUUCCUGGGACUCCUGUUUCUCUUUUCGACUGUUUCCGGUCAGAUACCGACAGCUCGCAUGGGGCGCGCUGAGAAGGGCAGCUGUACAUUUGAUGAAGGUUUCUCUCAGUGUGAUUACCAGCAAGAUCCCUAUGAUGACUUUGACUGGACGCACAUCAACACCAAGGAAGUACCAUAUGUGUCCCCGGAUCUACCACAAGGUUCCUACAUGUAUGUGGAUGUCUCUCAGUAUGAUGUCGGGGAGAAGGCUAGGUUUCAGCUGCCAGUCAUGAAGGAGAAUGAUACUCACUGUAUUGACUUCAACUAUCUCCUCACCAGCCCUGAUGGCUCCAGCCCUGGCACCCUUAAUGUCCUGGUGAAGGUUAACAAAGGUCCUUUGGCCAACCCCAUAUGGAACGUGACAUCCUUCACUGGUAAAGACUGGCUGAGAGCUGAACUCGCUGUCUCCACAUUUUGGCCUAAUGAAUAUCAGGUCAUAUUUGAAGCCGAGGUCUCAGACAGCAAAGCCGGGUUUAUCGCCAUAGACGACAUUCAGGUGCUCAGCUACCCAUGUGACAAAUCCCCUCAUUUUCUACGUCUUGGGGAUGUGGAGGUGAAUGCUGGACAAAACGCCACAUUUCAGUGUAUUGCUACGGGACGAGAUACAUCGAACAAUAAACUCUGGCUACAGAAGAGAAAUGGAGAAGAUAUUCCUGUGGCUCAGACCAAAAACAUCAACCACAGACGGUUUGCUGCCUCUUUCCACCUUAAAGAAGUCACAAAUCAGGAUCAAGAUCUGUACCGCUGUGUCACGCAAUCAGAUCGUGGAUCUGGGGUGUCUAACUUUGCAGGUCUUAUCGUCAGAGAGCCACCGCACCCCAUCGCACCACCCCAGCUGCUGGGUGUUGGCCCAACGUACCUGCUGAUUCAGCUCAAUGCUAACUCCAUAUUUGGAGAUGGGCCUAUUAUACUGAAAGAGGUCGAGUACCGUAUGACAUCCGGCACCUGGACGGAGACUCAUGCUGUGAACUCUCCCAACUAUAAGCUAUGGCAUCUGGACCCAGACACAGAAUAUGAGAUCAGAGUCUUACUAACCAGACCAGGAGAGGGAGGGACAGGCAAACCUGGACCACCACUGAUUACCCGGACCAAAUGUGCAGAACCUAUGCGGACUCCUAAGAGGCUGAAGAUUGCUGAGACCAGGUCUCGUCUGAUAGCGGUGGACUGGGAAUCACUGGGUUACAACAUCACACGUUGUCACACGUUUAAUGUCACAAUCUGUUACCACUACAUGGCUGCCAACAACCGCAGCAAGGCUGACUGUUUGGACAUGGACCCUAAAGCACCGCGCCACCUGGUGGGAAACCUGCCGCCCUAUACCAACGUCAGUCUGAAGAUGAUUCUGACCAAUCCAGAGGGGCGGAAAGAGAGUGACGAGACCAUCAUACAAACUGAUGAAGAUGUUCCUGGUCCAGUUCCCAGUCAGUCUCUAAGAGCCACCCCAUUUGAAGACAGAAUUCUUCUUUACUGGAAGGACCCAGCUGAGCCCAAUGGAGUCAUCAUACAGUAUGAGAUCAGCUACAGUGGUGUGCGUUCAUUUGACCCUUCGGUGCCUCUCCAGCGGCCGGGACUGACAGUGUCUCUGCCCUCAAAUGCCACUCAUCACCUCUUCUCCCAGCUUCACCCUGGUGUCACGUACCAGCUCUCUAUACGAGCGUCCACCUCCAAAGGAUUUGGUCCUGCAACCACACUCAAUGUGACUACUAAUAUUUCAGCCCCGACAAUAGAUGAGUAUGACGGGUCGGAAGCAUUUUUGAAUGAAACUGCAACAACAAUCACUGUCCUUCUGAAGCCUGCCCAGGCCAAGGGAGCACCUAUAAGUGCAUACCAGAUUGUGGUGGAGGAAGUGAAUCCUCAGCGGACACGUCGCCAAACUUCCUCUGACUGUUAUGAGGUCCCGGUUUCUUACCACAGUGCCUCAAACGGUGGAUCCCCAUAUUAUUAUGCUGCUCAGCUGUCUCCCAGUAACCUACCUGAGCCACUCCCCUUCACUGUGGGAGACAACAAGACCUAUCAGGGUUACUGGAAUCCCCCGCUUGCUCCAAGGAAAAACUACAACAUCUAUCUUCAAGCUGUUAGCAGCACAGAGCGGGAAACUAAGACGCAGUGUCUGAGGCUGGCUACUAAAGGUGCUACAGAGGAGCCAGAAGUCAUCCCUGACCCUGCUAAACAGACAGAUCGGGUGGUGAAGAUCGCUGGGAUCAGUGCUGGUGUUCUCGUCUUUAUACUGCUGGUGCUGGUAGCCAUUCUGUUGGUCAAGAAGAGGAGGACCUACUAUUCAUACUCUUAUUACCUGAAACUGGCUAAAAAACGUAAAGACGCCAUUGGAACCACACGGCAGGAAAUGACGCACAUGGUGAACGCCAUGGACCGCAGCUACGCUGAUCAGAGCACUCUGCAUGGAGAAGAUCCCAUGGCUGUGACAUUCAUGGACUCUCACAACUACAACAACAGAUUGCCCAAUGAUCCUCUGGUUCCUACUGCUGUGUUAGUUCCAAUCACAGAUGAGAACCACAGCGGCUCUGCAGCAGAGAAUAGCAGGCUUCUAGAUGUUCCUCGGUAUCACUGUGAAGGCACUGAAUCUCCUUAUCAGACAGGACAGCUCCACCCUGCCAUCAGAGUGGCUGACCUCCUGCAGCAUAUCAACCUGAUGAAAACAUCUGACAGCUACGGCUUUAAGGAGGAGUAUGAAUUGGUGAUACAGAGCUUCUUCGAGGGCCAGUCGGCUUCCUGGGAUGUGGCCAAGAAGGAGCAGAACCGCACCAAGAACCGCUAUGGGAACAUUAUUGCCUAUGACCAUUCAAGGGUUAUUCUCCAACCCAUAGAAGACGACCCCUCCUCCGACUACAUCAACGCCAACUACAUCGAUGUAAGUGGAAACGCAUCGAAUGCUACUAUUGGCUCCCAACAAAACCAACGAAACCACACUCCCUCGCUCAUUUGGCUGUACAGGGAUGGCUACCAGAGACCAAGUCACUACAUUGCUACUCAAGGUCCUGUUCAUGAAACAGUUUAUGACUUCUGGAGGAUGGUGUGGCAGGAACAGUCGGCCUGCAUCGUCAUGGUAACCAACCUGGUGGAAGUUGGAAGGGUCAAGUGCUAUAAGUAUUGGCCAGAUGAUGCAGAGGUGUAUGGUGACUUCAAGGUGACAUUCGUGGAGGUUGAACCUCUUGCCGAAUAUGUGGUUCGCACAUUUACACUUGAAAGGCGUGGCUUCAAUGAGGUGCGGGAGGUCAAGCAGUUCCACUUCACAGGCUGGCCUGAUCAUGGAGUUCCAUAUCAUGCCACAGGACUACUUUCCUUCAUCCGCAGAGUGAAAAUCUCUAAUCCACCCUCUGCUGGGCCUAUUGUGGUUCACUGCAGUGCUGGAGCAGGGCGUACAGGCUGUUUCAUAGUCAUUGACAUCAUGUUGGACAUGGCGGAGAGAGAAGGGGUGGUCGACAUCUACAACUGCGUGAAGGCUCUUCGCUCCAGGAGGAUCAACAUGGUACAGACUGAGGAGCAGUACAUAUUCAUCCAUGAUGCCAUACUAGAGGCUUGUCUAUGUGGAGAAACAGCCAUACCAGUCUGCGAGUUCAAAGCGGCCUUUUAUGAGCUGAUCCGUAUCGACUCCCAGACCAACUCAUCACAUCUGAAGGACGAGUUCCAGACAUUAAAUUCGGUGACUCCACAGCCACAGCCUGAAGACUGCAGCAUUGCAUUGUUGCCUAGAAACCAAGAUAAGAACCGUUUUAUGGAUGGCCUCCCUCCUGACAGAUGCCUGCCCUUCCUUAUUACAAUAGAUGGAGAAAGCAGCAACUACAUCAAUGCUGCUCUGAUGGAUCUGUCAGAAGAGUUCCAGAGCUACAGGCAGCCAGCUGCAUUCAUUGUUACCCAGCAUCCUUUGCCUAACACAGUGAAAGACUUCUGGCGUCUGGUUUAUGACUAUGGAUGUACCAGUUUGGUGAUGCUCAAUGAGAUUGACCUGGCUCAGGGCUGCCCUCAGUACUGGCCAGAGGAGGGCAUGCUGCGUUACGGUCCCGUCCAGGUGGAGUGUAUGUCCUGCUCGAUGGACUGUGAUGUUAUCAGUAGACUCUUCAGAGUCUGCAACCUCACCCGGCCUCAGGAAGGCUACCUGAUGGUUCGUCAGUUUCAGUACCUGGGGUGGGCGGGGCAUAGAGAAGUCCCCGCCUCCAAACGCUCCUUCCUCAAGUUGAUCCUUCAGGUGGACCAGUGGCAACGCGAGGGGGAGGAGGGAGAGGGGCGAACCAUCGUGCACUGUCUAAAUGGAGGCGGUCGCAGUGGAGUGUUCUGCGCCAGCAGCAUUGUGUGUGAGAUGGCCAAGAGACAGAGUGUGGUCGACGUCUUUCACGCUGUAAAAACCUUGAGGAACAGCAAACCUAACAUGGUGGACACCCCGGAGCAGUAUCGGUUCUGCUAUGACCUGGCCCUGGAGUUCAUUGAGUCCUCCUAAAGAGCGGAGAGGAGGAGGAGGAGGAAGUGAAGAAGAGAUGGACGACAUCUGUUCUCUUCCCGUGUGUAUGGCCCUGUGCUUUUGCUUGGCCCCAGCUCCCCUCUGUGGUGGCCAUCGUGUAGCAUCCGUUUUGCAUCCCUACAAAUGGCACAAGUGAAAUCAGCUGCUUGUACAGUUAAACAGAGGGAAAAGUUCAGACUCAUGCCAGAAGGAGCUACUGGGGGUGUAACAGAGCAGGAGCUGUAACUCCUUUUUACUCCUUUUAUUGUAAAGCUUUUUUGAGUGCCAGUGGGCCUCUGUAUGUUCUGGGCUCCAUUUAAAUGUUUAGCCUGCCACCACAGCGCCCUCUUGUGGACCUGAUGCAUCGUGCUGUUUCACUUGCAGUACUCCA